AUGAGCUCCAAGGCAGUCRACGUCCCCACGGACGUCAAGACCAAGGAGAAGGAUGUCAAUGCGAAGCUUCAAUUGUACGGAAUCUACGAGGCAUUUGCCAAGGGCAAGGUGCCAUCCAACAAGCAAAUCGAUGUUGCGAUGAACAGUGCGCUUUCGUGGAARCAACUUCAGAACCCGUCGAAGAAGCUGUCUCCGGACGGCCAAAAGUUGGUCGCCGACCUACGCACCGUCAUUGAGCAAGCCAAGCUUUUGCUUCUCUCCAAGAACCAAGGUGAUCUGCUCCAGCAGUUCAUCUGGCAGACUCAGCACAUCGGUGCGGGCAAUGCCGGCGCAGUCGGCGCACCAGUCGACAAGGACACUGCCAAACAACAUGGCAACCAAGCACUUGAAGGUCUUCGUACCCUCGCCCAGCUCGUCAUCACCAACGGACAGUUCCGCAAGCUUUUGAGUGACGCAUCUGUCCUCGUUCGCGACAUUGUCGGCGAUGCUGCACAAAACGCGGCUUCGACCGUCAAGCCUGAUGAGGAGCGAUUAGAGAAGCUUGAUGAGCCUGCACCUGAUAACACAUGGCAUGACGCUCCUGAUCUUAGCAAGGACAWCAUCAAGAAUCAGAUUCAGUCCAAGGUGCCAAUUGGCAAGGGUGACGCCAAGAAGGCUGUCGGAGAUGUUGCGCAAGCUGCCAACCCUGACGGCUCCCGCGACCCAGCGGACKCUGCCAAGGUCGCUCAGAAUGACGCUCAGCAAGGCAACAAGUCCACCAACUUGGAUCUCAACAAUGCUGCCCAGACCGCACAGGCGAAGGCAAAGCAAGCUGUUGACGAGAAUGUGGACGAGGACCAGAAGCAGAAGGCUCGCGAAUACCGCGAGAAGACCAACGAGUACUUCAAGAAGAAGGUCCCAAAGGAGCGCCGCGAGCAGACGAUCUACAGACUGAAGAAGAUGAUCGUUGAGAUUCAGGGCCACUCCGACUACCAGCAAGCGAUUGACACGCUUCUCCGCCUGGCCGAGGAGUACACCGGCCACACCAAGAAUGUUGCUGGCCAGACUCAGGGCGCAGUGAAAGAAUUCACUGCGAACAGCAAACCGAUGCUGACAUCACUCAAGGUUCUUCUUGAGCGCUUCGCCAACAGCACCUCUUUCGACGAUCUCUUCGAGUCGAUCAACCAGAUCUAUACCGACGCCGAUAACGAUCCCGAGCUCAAGGGCUGGUUCAAGGACAUUGAUCAGUUCGUUCGCAAGUGCUUGAAGGAACAAGGCUACAUUCUUCAGGAGGAGUCCGACCAGGCGUGGAAUAAGCUUUACGACCAUGGCAACUUCCUCCUCCGUGAGCGUUACCGCAACCACACCAACCGCAUCGUGGACGAGACCAAGUUCCUCGCCGAGCAAUUUGAGAAGGACCCCCAGAACAAGCAGUUUGGUGAUUCGAUGGACAAGCUCUUCAAGGAUCUCGGUAACGACGCAAAUGGAAAGCCUGAGUUCAAGCCUCACUUGCUCAAGGACCUCAGCGAGGUCAUUCUCCCUGGUUUCUUCGAGAACGUCCGUUACGUUCCAAUUCCUCGCAUCGAGUUCUCGGACCCCAUGAUCGAUGCCGUGAUCGAGAACCUUGUCAUCGAGGGCGACAACCUUGCACCCAACAUGAUGGAGUUCGGCAGCGACAACUACUGGAAGUGGGGACGCAAGACCUUCACAUCUAAGAACAAGAACUCUGUGCUGCUCUCAGUUUCCGGGAUCCAGAUGGAUCUUCGCGAUGUCGCUUACUACGUCAAGAAGAAGGAAGGUUUCCCAGGUGUCACUGACAAGGGUGUUAUGGAUGUCUUCCUCGGAGGCACUGGCCUGAGCUUCAAGGUUGCAAUGGAGACGGCCGACAAGUCUGACAAGCAGCACUUCUUCAAGAUCAGCAAGGUGACUGUCGAGUUGAAGAACUUGAACAUCAAGCUGAAGCAGUCCAACCACAAGCUGCUUUUCGGCCUCUUCAAGCCCCUCUUGUUCAAGGUCCUUCGUCCAGUCAUCCAGAAGGCUGUUGAGAAGCAGAUCCGCGACAGCGUGAYUCAAGCCGACGCCUUCCUUUACCAGGUCAAGCAGGAGGUUGACAAGGCUGUCGAGGAGGCGAAGAACAACCCUGACCCAGAGAACCUUCAGAACAUCUACCAACGCUACUUCACUGCUUUCCAGAAGCAGAUGUCCAAGGGCGAGCAGAAGAAGAAGGAGUUGGAGGCCAAGAAGGACCAGACUAGGGUCAACGUCGCUGUCACCCAGCACGACUCUAUCUUCAAGAACAUUGCCCUUCCUGGCGGCAUUAGCACCAAGGCCACUGAGUACAAGGACUUGGCUGCUAAGGGCGAAGAGUGGCAGUCACCAGUGUUCUCCAUCGGAUCCGCCGGCGAGUCUAAGGGCCUGCCAGCUGCUGCCAACGUCACCCGCAAGCCUCACAGCGCAACCUCAGCCGUCCUCCGCGGUAAGGACGGCAACCCUGUGGCACCCUCCGCCAGCACUCAACAACAGGGAGCCGGUUUCUCGUCACAGGUAAAUGAGGCUUUCAAGCCCGACACCACCACCGACACCACCCUCGGCCGCAACAACCCGGUCUUCCAGGGACAGGUUUAG